AUGGCGGGUGGCUGCUAUUUCCCGGCACUUUCUGUGAUCGCCUUCUUCUGCGGCAAGGUGCUCUCUAAGGCGACAGACGCAGCGGAGUGUGGACCGAAUGACUCGGUGAAUUUGCUGCAAGUGCCGCAAGAAGGACGAGGUUUCCUAUUCUUGGACGCCUAUCCGAGCCAAUAUGUUGCCAGACGGCUUGCAGAUGGACAAUCGAUCACGAUUGAUGGCAACCUGAAUGAGUCUGUUUGGGAGGAGGUGCCAUUUACAACAACUGCCUUCAAAGACAUUGCGCAACCUCUCUUUCCGGACUACCUGUUGCCAUCUCAAUUCGCUACUCACGUCAAAGUGCGCUGGGAUGCGGAGUACUUGUACGUCGGAGCAUUCGUCGGCGAACCCUGGGUGGAACACGGCUUCGUGCGCGGAUCCAACCCGAGCCUGACCAGUACGAACCCCAUCGGAAACAGCAACGUCCCGUACUACGACAACGACUUCGAAGUCUUUAUCGAUGUUGCCGGCACAAACCAUUGGUACAAGGAAAUGAACUUCAACAACGCCACCUAUGAUGUGCUUUGGCGCGUGCCGGAUGGCGGAUUGGGCUCCACGGGAGUUCCAUGCUGUUCCAUCACCGACUCAUCUUGCCAGAGGGCGGAGGGCUGGGCUACAAAGGGAUGGACGGUGGAGAUCGCCUUCCCCCUGCACCCUGCCGAUGGCAUUGGUGGUCUCCUCUCAGCAGGUCAAGGUACCUCGUUGGCUGAGAGGUUCGAUCCGAAUGCUGGUGCGAAGUAUUGGUCGGUGGACUUCUCCCGUGCAGAGCACCCCUUCUUCACGUCGAACUCGUCCCUCUUUGGACAGCUCUGUCCGUCCAUCCAGAAGGAUCAGCCGACUCUUUUGGGUGCGGAUCAGUGGAGUUGCUACUGGGAGUGGGUCUGGCAGCCUGUGGGGGGCCAUCGCUACAUGCACAAUCCGGACACCUUUGGGUUCCUACA